AUACAUCGCUGAGGGUCAUCUUCCAUACAGGGGUAUAUUUUCCCAACUCCACUAAAGGAGUUGCUUUACGAGUGUGUGCCGUCCAGUCUAACAGGACUUUGUGUUUACCGAAGUUGUGGAGUUUUUAGUUCAACCCGUCAAACAGUCGCUCUUCUGCCCUUAGGCUCACAGGGAGGCUACUGCAAUCAGACCAUUAAUAAUAUUAAUAAUUGCAUAUGUGGAGUGAGUGCGCCUGUUGUGUUUAAACAUUACCUAGCCGAGGAGCAUACUAAAGUCGUUUACUUAAGAGAUAACUCUCUCACCAGUGGUCCAUAUUGACAAUAAAUACAUGCGGCCUGUAGUGGAGAAAUCAGCGCAGACUUUAUUCAGCGACUACAAGUUCUCUACCACAGCGUCAACAUUCAAGUAUAAGUCUUAACUCUACACCAGAGUACAUGGAUGCCAUCCACUAGCUAGAAUUCAUGGAUUAAAACUAUUCAGCGUGUAUCCAGAAGUUAUCUUCAAGAGUGUCUUUUGUGAUUCGUUUAUUUUUUCUGUUUAAAUUUCUGUAGAUCUACACAUUUUGUUCCAAGCAUGGCUCUAGUUCUAACGUGAUCCAAGUUCUUGUGACAAUUCCUAGAUUCCAGGAGGUACGGAACUAACCCGUUAAGGUGUCACCAUUUUUUCGUUUACAAGUUCCAACCCAACAGCCAUCACGGUGUCCACACCCACCCCGUCUCUGUACCCAGGCUGUGUGGACGUCCCUGGGGGUCAGACGGACAGCCGCAUCACCAACAUGCUGACGUCCAAACCACCACACUAUGACCCCGUGGGCUCAGGCAUUGGGUCAGGCUACGGUAACAGCAUCAACUCCAUGGGGCAGUCCAUGUCUCCAAUGCCAUCAGCGGCCAUGUCGUCUAUACCCCCCAUGGGCUACAGCCCCCAAUCUAUGACGUACCUGAACACCAUGAACUCCAUGGGUGGCAUGGGCGCCAUGGGGAACAUGACCUCCAUGACCUCCAUGGGAGGAUACGGCGCCAUGGCUGGAAACGGGAUGGGCGCCAUGGCAGGGAUCUCGCCCAUAGGCAACCGUCAGUUCGAUCAGUCUUUGAUGGAUAGAAAUGGCUCCCUUAACAGACCUCGCACGGAUAAAAACUACAGACGCGCUUACACGCACGCCAAACCGCCCUAUUCCUAUAUCUCUCUGAUCACGAUGGCCAUACAGCAGUCCCAGAACAAAAUGUGCACUCUGAGUGAGAUCUAUCAGUUCAUCAUGGACCUGUUCCCUUUCUACAGGCAGAACCAGCAGCGUUGGCAAAACUCAAUCAGGCAUAGCCUCUCCUUUAACGACUGCUUCGUCAAAGUCCCGCGCACGCCAGACAGGCCCGGGAAAGGCAGCUACUGGGCCCUGCACCCAGACUCUGGGAACAUGUUUGAAAACGGAUGCUACCUUCGACGACAAAAAAGGUUUAAGUGUCCCAAGAAGGAGAUGAUCCGGCAGACGUCCAACUCGGACAGGACUCACGACGACUCAAGUCUUAACCACGACGAGAGCAAUCAGUCCGGGGACGAUCACAGCCCGAUGAGCUCUCCCAUUCCUGGUGGGCACCAGCACCACUCUCACCCCACGCCCCAUACGCCGCCACGACCUCAAGAUCAUCACCAGCAACCGCCUCACCAUCAGCAGCACCUUCAAGCUCAGCAGCACCAGAACUCAGCGCCUGUCCAGCUGAAAUCAGAGGUCAUGUCCAACUCCUCCCCUCACCCACAGGACAUCUCGCACCCUCCCCCGGCACAGAGCCUUCCUCCCCAGGUGUGUCACACUCCCAUCACCUCUCAGACAUCCAUCCCCUACCACCACGGCGUACCGGGCGCCGAUCUCCGAUCUCUGAACACCCAGGAUUACGGUCAGUCGCUGGGCUUCCACUACCCUUCAGGUCACUACCACCCACAUCAUCAGCACCAUCAUCCAGGCAUGCACCAGCUGAACCCCAACCAUUCCUUCAACCACCCGUUCUCCAUCAACAACUUAAUGUCCGAGAGCAACAAGCUGGACAUGAAACCCUUCUACGACACCAUGGGCUACGGCGCCUACACCCAAAUGUCACCUCUCACCAUGGUGAAAGACUCCUCUCCUCCAGUCAUGGGCAACCACCAUGACGCCGGCGGUUACUACAAAGCGUACCAGUCCACCGUGGACUUAUGACAUCAGGCCACCACGAGGAGCAGCUUCAGCCCGCCCAAAUGCGAUCAGUAUAACAACCGAUCGUAUGAGAACAACUUUUACAGCAACCAAGGCUCCUCCUACAAUGUUCCUGCUGUCAGAGACGUUUAAGCCUCGAACCCAAACUUUCCCCGUGUCCAAAUUUCUCGCUACUCCGAGAACCACCACAUACAUGCACAUUAGCUAUCAGCACGUACGCUGAUACGUUUUAAAGAUAAACGCGUGCUGCUUGAAGACUCAAAGAAGAUUCUCUUCAUGCGAGAGACUCACUCAUGUAUAAUAGUUGAAGUCCAGUUCAACGUGCUUUUGGACACUGACAAUCAAACGUUGUGAUAUCGUCACGAGAUGACGUCAUCUCGUUUGUGGUCGGGGCGGCUAGCAGUCACGUGACAUCCAUGACAUUUGAAAGAUACUCGUGAUAGUUCUUGGAACUCUCCCAGGUCGGAGAUUCAGACAAAAAACAAACAUUGUCAAGCUUUAAAUUUCCAAAGAUUUGUUUUUUUUUUCUAUAUUAUUUAAGCAAAACGUCAUAUUUUAUAAACACUAUUUCCUAUUCACAUUGGUCUGCCACACAUCUUAUAACUCUAGUGUAACAUAUUUUGUAUUUAUGUUUGCAUAUAUUUUGAAGUUAAGAACGCAAUUUCUAUUCUAUCUUUAAAUUAAAACGCACACCAAUUUAAAAAAAAAAAAGGCUUAUUUUAUUUCUCUAAUCAUUAAAUCAGUUGCAUUAAUCGACAAAAUAUCUAUAUUAGAUAUUCCAUUGAACUAUGAAGAUGUAGAACUUUGCUUUUUUUUUUUUUUUUCCACGAAGAUUUUGGUUUGAAAAUCUACUACAAAAGCAAGUACGAGAAAGGUCAAAACUGAUAACAAGGUGUGCCCAGAUUGGGUAUUGACAUAGCCAAAAAAAAAAAUGCGUUUAAUUAAUUCCAAUAGAUUUUACAACGACUUGCAACGAAUGUGUAUUCAUGUUCUUCAUCCUUUUAAGUUCGUUUCUCCGGAACGAACUUUCAUCAGAGGCGUAGCUGGAUGACAGAAAGGAAUCUAGGGUUCCCUAGUUUUAUUCAUCAAAAAUAAUUUUUACCAAAUGGUCCCAGAUAGUUAGGUGAGGUAGGCAGAGGUGGGUUACUAUUUAAACUCUUUAAGUCUGAGUCAAAAUAAAGGCCAGCUACGCCCCUGAUAACAUUGUCUGUCCAUCGCCCACAAUUUCUUGCUGUUCUCAUCACUGUGCUGUGUUUGUGUGUACAUAAACCUGUGUGUCCAGUACACACAGAAAAUAAAGUACACAUAUUGAAGGGCUUCUCAGUACAGGCUCGGUCAAAGAUUUUGAAAAAAAAAAACAUUCCCAGAGGCUCGCGAGACAUUUUGUUAUGCUCCUGCUAGUACACCAAAGAUAUAUAUCAUUGUACAGAUCGCUUAUAGAGCACCGCACUUACACGUUAUAUAUGUACAUAGUCGUGUACAUGUACAUAGUGAUAUAAUAGACUUCUAUUUGAAUUCAGUGCAUUCAUUACCUAUCUCAAAGAUAUUGAACAAUGAUGGAAAUAUUUAUUUUAUACUCAUGUUGCUUGCUAUAAUGUAUUGUUUAUUGUUUUUUUUUUUUUAUAAAUUGCUUUUUAUUUUUUGGUUCUUUUAGUAUUUGUACACAUCCUGAUGAUAUUAGGUACUAGUUACUUCUCCCCUAACCUCUGUAUGUAAAAUAGUUUUAAAACAAAACCAAACAAAUAAACACAAACGAAGAAAUAUAUGGUUAUGACAAAACUGAGUUCUGUAGGAAUGGAAAAAAAAAAAAGGUACAAGUUUCGGGGGGGGG